ACACACGCACUACACACGUAUAAGAUAUAGUCUCGCAUUAUAUUAAGCUCAGUGUUGGUCUUUAACUCAAACCAACUCGGUUUAUUUACUUUACUGAUAGAUCUCUUCUGAAGCCGACACGCGUGCGAAUGUGAUACCAAGCUAGAAUAAUUUUUCCCCAAUGUCAAAAAAAUUCGAUUGUGAUCAAAAUUGUGAUUAAAAUUUUUCGAAAAAAAAAAAAAAAUUCGAAAUUCGAUGUGAUUUCACCCCGAAAGUAUUAUGGGCAAUAGUAGUGUGAACCCUUUAAAAAUGUGAUAAAAAGUGGACGCAUUGUGAUACACCCCGUUUGUGAUACACCACCGACUGAUUACUUUAGAACAAGCAAGAUGGUAAGCCGGCUUUUCCUCCCCCAACCCUUGUCGCGGACGUUAAAAUCGCUCGUGCUCCUGACUCUGAUAACGGCGACGUUUAGUGAUAAAGAGCUCCGCAACCGCUCCAACAGUAUUGUAAAACGACGCUUUACGGACGCCUCCUUCGACGAGGUGUCCACCCAGGCCUCGGGCUGCGGCUCGUGCAAAAUGCGCGAGGAGAUCAAGAACCGCAACCUGGAGGUGAUCAAGGGGGAGGUGUUGCGCCGGAUGGGCUUCCAGACCGCCCCCAACGUCACCGGCAGGGUGCUGCCCCCGGUGCCCCCGCAUUUCCUGGCCAAGGUGGACCUGGAGAUGGCCGGCAUGCAGAGCGACGAGCCCCUCUUCAAAACGGGCUACUCCUUCACCGAGGAGGAGGACGACUACCACGUCAAAACGCAAGAAGUGCUCACCUUUGCACAACCAUAUCCAAGACUGAGGCACAGCUGGCGCGGCCACGACAUCCUCCACUUCAUGUUCUCUGACGGCAUCACCAAGUACCACGUGAGCAACGCCACCCUGUACGUGUACAUGAAGGGCGCCGAGCGUCGGCCCCUCCCCGACGUCCUCAUCGAAGUGUUCAAAGUGUACAAAGCGCCCGACCAUCCCGACACUCCAGGCCUCUACAGGAUGGUCAGCAAGAAAGUCACCCAGCCGUACGGUAGGGGAGACUGGGUCAAGCUGGACCUCACCAUCACCGUCUCCGAGUGGUUCAAAAGUCCGCGCGAGAAUCACGGCUUCGUGGUUAAUGCGACGGUUAAUGGGAAAAAAGUCGUGGUCACGGACACGACGCUAGAUAAUGGCAGUAAGGCGCCUUUCGUGGAGGUGUCCACGAUGGAGGCCCGCCGACGCACGCGCCGCAACGUGGGGCUCAACUGCGACGACAAGAUGAACGAGCCCCUCUGCUGCCGCUACCCGCUCACCGUGGACUUCGAGGAGUUCGGGUGGGACUUCAUCAUCGCUCCGAAACGGUACGACGCGCACUACUGCUCCGGCGAGUGUCCGUACGUCACGCUGCAGAAGUACCCCCACACCCACCUCAUGAAGAUGGCGUCGCCCAACAGCGCCCAGCCCUGCUGCGCCCCCCGCAAGAUGAGCGCCAUCUCCAUGCUCUACUUCGACAACCAGCUCAACGUCGUCUACGGCAGCCUGCCGGGGAUGGUGGUCGACCGGUGCGGGUGCUCGUAAUCGACCCGAUUCUUAAUUGCUUUAUUUAUUCGUGAUAGACGCAAGUGAACUGACGAUUUGUUGUAAAUUUUUGUACAUAAUAUGUGAUACGUGUAGUUUAAUUUUUUUUAAUAUUUAUUUUUGUACAUUAGCUAGCAAAAUUCAGUGAGUUUUGAGUUCGAGAAACGAUGAGUGAUAAAUUGCUGCACAAUUGCGUUGCUUUUGUGAUAUAAUGGCCUUACGAGUGUUGUUUACACGGGGAUACAUAUUUUUCGAAUAAUCUUUCACGGUUUUGUGAUAAAAUUUUGCCCAAAUUUCUACUCAUGAUGUAACAUAGUUUUGUAAAUAAGACUGGCCUUAGAUUUGUCUUCUGUGGUAGGAUCUCUUUUUUGUUUGUUUUGUUUUGUGGCUCUAAUUUUAGACGCUGAAAUUUGACUUUUUUCUACAUGGUCUUUCUUUCACUUGUUUUCUUUAUGAGUAUUGCCUGAUUUUUCUAUCGUGUGUCUGAAUAAAUGUCGAAAGUUUCGAAAACAAUAGCCAAAAAUUAAAUAUUUGUAAUUAUUUUUUUUAAAUAGUUAGCUAAUUACCACCCAUCUGAAAUUAUCAGAACCCUCCUGACUAGACAUUUAUUUAGACACACGGUAUAUGUCUGUCGUGUGUUUUGCUUUUGUAAUUGUAAAUUAGUUGUAAUUAAUAGCAUUUUGCAAAAUAAAUAAAUUUACAUAAA